AUGGAUAAAAUCAUGGAUCAUACGGAAAUUCCGGUGAUCGAAAUUGAUGAGCCGCUCUUCGAUGUUCUUCCUAAACUGUUCAACUUCAUCAGCAUGGCUGUGGGUGAUAUGGCUUACACGUUUGAGCAAAUGCUGUACGGAUCCCAAGGACACCGUCUUAGACAACUGGUCCAUGCUUUAGCAGAUGAUACUCACAAUCCUUAUAUCAUUGUGGCAUUGAUGAUUUUGAAAUGGGACUUCACCACCGCCACCGAGGAUGACUGGGGACUUAAUGAGAGCCGUGGUGCAGCCUGCGAAUUUGUUGCCUGGCAAUUCCUGUGUCACCUGAACCAGCGCGAGACGAUUGAGUUUCUGCUAGAAGAGCUACCAAUACCGCGGCGCGGUUCGACAAAUUCCAUUAAUUCCGAAGCAGGUAGCCCUGCCCUGGCAUCUAUCCAGGGUAGGCGAGCGGAAAGUGAGACCACUCCUCUCUUGCCAAAGUCCUCUUCUUUUUAUCGUCUUUUUAGCAGCAGGAGGGUAACAGAGACUCGGCUAUCUGGAGCUUCACAAGAUACAUACCAAGAGGAAACCUAUGCUGCUCAGAGAUAUUCCCGGUUUUUUGGAUUGAAUGCACUGGAGAUUGCAACAAUUGCCAAUGCAAAGACAUUUCUGAGCCAAAAAGUUGUUCAAAAAGUGGUCGAUGGUAUUUGGAAGGGUGAAAUCGUUUUCUGGGGUUCUCUGACGGUCAAUUCAACCAAGAAACCUCAUAUUUUCAACGCAAGAACGGCUGAUCCGUAUUCACGCCUGAGAGUCCCUCUGUAUCGGAAAAUCUUUGAAGCAGCAUUCUUCAUGUCUUUCCUCUUUCUCUACUACGCAGUCCUAAUAGAGAGGAGACAAGAUGCUGUUGGCGUCUUCGAGGCAGUGAUGUAUGUGUGGAUCGUCGCUUUUGCGUAUGACGAAUUGAGUGGGAUCAUUGAUGCCGGAGUCAUUUUCUACCAAAUGGACUUCUGGAGCCUCUGGAACGUGAGCAUAAUUGGUGUUGGGAUCGCAUUUGUCGUAACGAGGGUCAUCGGGCUAACGAAGGGCGACAACGACAUUAUUGAGCUCUCAUUCGAUAUUCUUUCCUUGGAGGCUCUGUUUCUUGACACCGCGUCUGAAAUCUCCCCCAUCUUCGGCUAUGGCUUGAUGCUUACUUUCGCCUUGAUGACCAAUACACUCAUUCUUUCAUCUUUGAUUAGUUUGAUGAGCAUGAGCCUCGAAGGGGUGAUGCGCCAUGCUCGAGAAGAAUACCUUUUUCAGUUGGCCAUUUAUGUGCUAGAAAGCAGCAACUCUCGGCGACUGACAUACUUCAUGCCACCCCUGAAUCUUAUUCCCCUCCUCUGUAUCCGCCCCAUGCGGCUUUUUCUCUCUGCCGGAACGGUUCGUCGCGUACGCAUAGUCCUGCUUCGAGCCACCCACCUCCCGUUUGUUGCGUUGAUAUGGGCAUACGAGUCUAAAUGGCGACAUUCAAAACGAACCACCAUCCAACUACCCCCAAUGUCGGCACGCGGUCAAGGAACUUCUGAACCAACUGAGUCAAGGUGCCGGGACCCACACCACCCCUCCGUAGUUGAAACAAAUCGCCUAGGCCCUGGAAAAGCACCUAGUGUGGAUCAACAAGCCGUGCGCGAGCUAGACAUGGGGCAGGUCGGGCAAGUACCGCAGCUUGCGGACCUGAUCGACACGAUAGAGCGACUACGAACUCAAGUGGAGGCUAUUGCCCAGCAAAAGUGA